AUGGUGCUUGGAGCAAAUCCUCCAAUGGCAGAGUCUCCUCAGUUUUACUCCAGUCCAAUUACUCCAGUCUCCUCAGUUUUACUCCAGUCCGAUUACAAAGGGUAUGGUGGCAAUCCUAUUGCUAGUUCUGAGCUGGCUGACUCUCUGGGUUGGAUGGCUAAUGCUAAAAUUGAGGCUCUUAAGAGUAUGGGUUCGCAUUUUACUUGGACUAACAACCAGGAAGGCUCAGCCAGGAUCUACUCAAAAAUUGAUCAUGUGUUAAUUAAUGAGGAGUGGUUGAACCUUUUUCCUCAAUCUUUGGCUAUGUUUCGUUGGGAGGUGGUUUCCGAUCAUUGUUCUUGUGUUGUUUCUAAUAUCCCUAUGGAGGUUAUGGGAAUCAAUUUGUUCAGGUACUAUAAUUUCUGGUCUAACCAUUCUGAGUUCAACCAGGUGGUUUUGAGCAGCUGGAGGGCCCCUGUUAAAGUAUUUGGUUUGAGAGCAAUCUUCAUCAGGCUUUUUCGAUUGAAGCAUAGGCUUAAGAAGUUUAAUAGGGACUGUAUUGGUAAUGUUGGGUCUGGUUAUCAGUCAGCUUUGGUGGCCUUUCAAGAUGCCUAA